CACACCAGUCCCACCCCCCUACACUCAAACUACAGUAAAGCCAAUUCAACCGAUUCUCCGCAGUGCUGGAAGAGCAGAGUGAAGUACAGAAGGAGAAGGAGGAGGAGUGAGAGAGGGGGAGACGAGAGAGGAGAAGAGGGGAGAUACUGGGAAAAUACGAAAAAAGCAAGAGAGAGAGAGAGAGAGAGCGUGUGCGGCGAGAGGAGGGGAGAGGGGAGGAGAGAGUCGGAGACAGAUAAGGCUAAAACUGCAAAUUUGGUGGCCAGGCUUCCCUGUGCGCGCACAUCUCUCGUCGGCUGCACCGUCCGAGCAGCUCCCCGCUCCGCAGGCAGAUGAGUUCGUUCAGCACGAGGGCCCUGACGCUGCUCUCGUCGGUUUUCGGGGCUUGCGGUUUGCUGUUGGUCGGCGUCGCCGUGUCAACAGACUACUGGCUGCUGAUGGAGGAGGGGAUCGUCCUGCAGCAGAACCAGACCACCGAGGUCAAGAUGGCCCUGCACUCGGGUCUCUGGAGGGUCUGCUUUGUGGCAGGACCAGAGAAGGGCAGAUGUGUGGCGUCAGAGUAUUUCACCGAGCCAGAGAUCGAGAUCACGACAGAAAACACGGCCAACAUACUGAAAAUGGUGCGAACCGCCACUCCCUUCCCCAUGGUGUCCCUGCUCUUCGUGUUCACGGCCUUCGUCAUCAGCAACAUCGGGCACAUCCGGCCGCAGCGCACCAUCCUGGCCUUCGUUUCCGGGAUAUUCUUCAUACUGUCAGGUCUCAGUCUGGUGGUCGGUCUGGUCUUGUAUAUCUCCAGUAUCAAUGACGAGGUGAUGAACCGACCCAGAGAGCCUGAGCAGUUCUUCCACUACCACUACGGCUGGUCGUUCGCCUUCGCUGCCUCCUCCUUCCUGCUGAAAGAGGGUGCAGGCGUGAUGUCCGUCUACCUCUUCAUGAAGCGUUACGCUGAGGAGGAGCUGUACAGGCCCCAUCCCGCCCUCUACCGCCCCCGCAUGUCCGACUGCAGUGACUACAGCGGCCAGUUCCUCCACCCAGACUCCUGGCCUCCACCACAGCGAGGUCGCAGCGCCUCUGAGGCCUCCUCCGACAUCUCCAUCCAGCUCAACCAGACCCCACCGCAGCCUCCAACCAAAGGGGGCAGCAGCUCCCAGCCGACGCCCUCUUCUUCCGGGCCUUCAUCAGCGGCCAGCUACCAGCUGCAGCCGGCCUCCUCCUCCUCCACCUCCUCCUCUUACCCUCACCCCCUGCAGCUGGCCGCCACCGCAACUCUAACCAGAGGAGCCCACGCCCACCCUCACCCCCACCCGAGUGGGCCCCCGCCCCAGUCUCUGCCCAUGGCGGCGCCGCCCUCAGCCGUGCCUCCUCCCCGCUAUCACACGCACAUGCGAAUGAGCGCCUCACCAUGCUAGGCUACAUACGGUGGGAAGUGGAGGGAAAACACAAUUGUGGGAGGGGAUUAGAUUGGCUCCAUUUCAGCUAUUACACACCACAAGACAUCACACACGCACACACAAAUACACAAAUCCUGUAUUCUCAGAGUGUGUGGGAGGAGGGAU